AUGGCCGAUAUCCACGCUCGACUUGGAGAGGCCUCGAAGGAGGAGCUCUCCCAGAUCCUUGUCGCCGUCUGCGGCCAUGCGAUCACCCGCACCCACGUCGUAAGCGUCCUUGCCUACCUUGACGAGAAGAAGGGCCAGGAGGUUGAGGUCGCCGCCAACCGCCGUAGCAGUCGCUCGUCCACCCGAGCGUCGUCUGAGGUGUCUCAGGGCUCGAGCCAGGCGACCAGGACCGCCAAGCGCACUAUUAAGCUGUGCAAGAUGUGCGAAAAGCCGUACGAGGAGAAGAAGAACCUGAGCAAGUCAUGUUCUUACCAUCCAGGAUACUGGUUGAUUGAGUGCGAGAAGGAUGGUUUCAUCUGGUUCGAUCCGCUGGAGAAGGCGGCCGAGGAGUUCACAACUAAUCCUAGUGCUCUGCGCAUUUUGAGCUGCUGUAACGCCGAGAAGGAUAUGGGCAAAGGGUGCACCGUUGGCAAGCAUGUCGCUAUGGUCGUACAGGGUCAGACAACCAAGAACACUGCUGAGGACACCGGCUCAGACAACUGA